AUUCUAACAGAAGAUUUUCAAGAAGGCUGGACGCAGAAACAUAAAGGCCGACAAGUCUCGGAUAGCACAGCUGCAUCGUUCAUGACAUCAGACGACGAGGAGUCUAAGAGGGCUGUUGACGGAGAGUAGAAGCCUCUUCGUACCACGACUGAUGCCAGUAUCAAAUAAUCGAUCGUAUAGUUUUGGGAUCUGUGUACUUUUAGGCUAGUUCUGUCACGGGGACAACGAACCGUUGAAUCGUGUGCUAAUGAACACAGUGCUUGCGUGUCCAUUGUACAUUGUCUGACACGCUGAAAAUUUGAGCUGGAAAGUCAUUGAUAAGUCCACCUCACUGGACGUUUAGAAUCCGUGUAGUUUGCGUCUCCCCGACGGCUGGAGUCACACCAUGAGCCAAGUAGCCACAACACCCCUCUUGCGCGAGCUCGACAGAUCUCAACGAACUCCAUCCACCAUCGCACUGCAAUGCUCUUCCAUGGCUCUCUCGGAGACUUGGAAGCCAGAGUUCACGAGCGUGAGAGCCUGCGGCACGGUGUUGAAGAUGAAGAGGAGCAGUCGGUUCCAUUCAACGGUGCGGAUUUGUAUGCGGGAACUCGAGGUGCUGGGUACUGACGAAAAGAUAGACUGAACAUGACUGAAAUGUCAGACGAGGUAUUGAGCGGAAGGUUAUGGUGUAGCUGACAAUGGAUUAGCCGACGCAACCACAAAUAUAGCAUCUGAAAGAACACCAU